AUGGAAGGAGAGAUCCCCAACUUCGUUAUGGUAUGGACCUUAGUCGUCGCAUCCCUAACCUACUGCCACACCAUCGGAAACCUAACUUCUCCGGGAACCACCAGACUUUUCUUCGUACUUCCUGUAUUCUUCUUCUUCUUCUAUCUCCCUCUUCACCUCACCACCAUCUUCCUCGGCGGUCCCUCCUCCUUCUUUCUCUGUUGGCUCGCAAACUUCAAGCUCCUCCUCUUCGCUUUCGGCAAAGGCCCCUUAUCUUCUGACCCGCCCCUCGCUCAUUUCAUUCCCUUGGCUUGUCUCCCCAUCAAGUUCCGAACAGACUCCGAAAAAGCUCAAAAUCAAAAGACGGGCCAGAAGUCCACUCUCAACUACGCCACAAAGGCUCUGAUAUUCGCUACUUCGGUUCAAGUUUUCCACAACAAGGAGUCCAUCCACCCCAAGAUCCUUAUGUUUCUUUACGCCAUUUACAUGUACACCGGUUUAGAGCUCGUCUUGGCCUUUGUCGCCGCUGGAGCUCGAGUCUUUUUGGGUGUCGACUUCGAGCCGCAGUUUGACGAGCCCUACCUCGCCACCUCCCUACAGGACUUCUGGGGGAGGAGGUGGAACAUCAUGGUCAACAGAAUCCUGCACCCCACCGUGUAUGAACCAGUCCGGAACAUUUCCAGCCGUUGGAUCGGGAAAGAGUGGGCCCCUCUACCAGCAGUGCUCGCGUCCUUUCUCGUGUCUGCGGUGAUGCAUGAGUUCGUAUUCUAUUACAUUGGUCGGACCAAGCCCACAUGGGAUCUCACGUGCUUCUUUCUCCUCCAUGGUGUGUGUUUGUCUAUUGAGAUUAUUGUUAAGAAGGCGUUUAGGGGGAGUAAGUGGAGAAUGCCGGCCGCCGUGUCGGGGCCGCUGGCGAUGACGUUCGUGGUAGUCACCGGUUUGUGGCUGUUUUUGCCGGCGCUGAUGGAGCGGUGCCGGGCGGACGUCAUGGCGUAUAGGGAGUACAUUUCCUUCAUUGAGUUCAUGAAGCAUGUUGGUGACUUUCUCAAUGUCAACUCUCUCUUAAGCAUAGUUAGUAGAUAG